ACGAGUCGUUAAUUAAUUACAAACAGGCAAAAAAUAACCCCCCUCAAUUGAAGUGUACUGAAUCUGUCUCUCCCUCUCUACCUCCUCCCUUCAAUGGCGACUCUGGCUCGAUUGUCCAGAAAAGCCCUAACCUCCUCCCCUCUCACCUCUCACCACCACCACCACCUCCUCCGCCGCACUCUCGCCGCCGAAGCAGCAGCAGCCACCCCGAAGAUCACAGAAUCGCCAGAUCGAGUGAAAUGGGACUACAGAGGACAGCGCAAGAUCAUCCCUCUCGGCCAGUGGCUCCCCAAGGUCGCCGUCGACGCCUACGUGGCUCCCAACGUCGUCCUCGCCGGCCAAGUGACCGUCUACGACGGAGCCUCCGUCUGGAACGGGUCGGUCCUUCGGGGCGAUCUGAACAAGAUCACUGUCGGGUUCUGCUCCAAUGUCCAGGAGAGGUGCGUCGUCCACGCAGCUUGGUCUUCUCCCACAGGACUGCCUGCUGAGACAUCCAUCGAAAGGUUCGUAUCAAUCGGAGCUUCUAGUCUUUUGCGUUCAUGCACAAUUGAGCCAGAGUGCAUCAUAGGGCAACAUUCCAUCCUCAUGGAAGGUUCUUUGGUGGAGACCCACUCUAUCCUCGAAGCAGGGACUGUGGUCCCGCCAGGCAGGCGGAUCCCAACUGGUGAGCUUUGGGCUGGCAAUCCGGCAAGGUUUGUUAGGACCUUGACCCACGAAGAGACCUUGGAGAUUCCUAAACUCGCUGUUGCCAUCAACGACCUGAGCAAAAGCUAUUUCAUGGAGUUCCUCCCUUACUCUACGGUGUAUUUGGAGGUCGAGAAAUUGAAGAAGAAAUUGGGGAUUUCCAUUUGAUGAUUUUACGUUUUCAUACUAGUGUAUUAUUGGUGGCUAUGGAGUUCUGCUGGACAGAGAAUAAGAAAGUCUCGGACUCUGAAAGCAAGAGCAUUGUUGCUUUGGUUUGUACUACUUGAUUUUGAUUGCAAGAUAAAGGAACUGGUUGCAAGUUCAAAGUAUUGGGACUAUGAAAUUUUUACAAGUGCCAAAA